GCAAUGAACUUCUCUUACGACGCGGGAAAUAGACAUUCUUUAGAUCGAUUCCUCUCGUCAGAGGACAGAUAUCUUCUAUUUCCUUACAUUUUACCUUGUUUUACGGGUCAUACCCAAAAUUUUUAGGUUAUCAUUUGUUUUCCUCAUUUGAAAUGAGUAACUAAAAUCUUUUGCAUUAAAAUGAUAAAAUAAUUCUGGCCCAGAUCCAUUGAAAUUCACUGGUAACGUGCAUUUUAACCAACAUAAACCUUUGCAAUAAAGCUCGUAAAAACGCUAUAUUAUCCACGAACUUGCACCAGCUUGGCCCUGCGGUUAUUUUCAUCUACAUCGAGUGGCAUUGUACUGACGGUUUUUAAUCACUGCCUCUUAAUUAAAUACGGAAGAUAGUAGUACCUUUUCAAUUGAAACAUGGCGGAGACAACUACCAUUUAUGAAGGGCUGCUACUGGGCGCAUCGAACUCUUCGGGUCAUCAAAAAACUUCAGAUCUCGCCCUACUCUUCACUUGGGUCGACUACCUCGUCUUCGGUCUCAUGCUCGGGGCGUCCGCGGCUAUCGGUGUUUACUAUGGCUUUUUCGCCAAGAAAAAGGCGGACGACACCGAGGAAUUUCUCAUGGCGGGAAAAUCCAUGACGACUUUCCCUAUCGCCAUGUCGCUCAUCGCAAGUUUCAUGUCGGCCAUCACGCUGCUGGGCACCCCGUCCGAGAUAUACCAGCACGGUUUCAUUUAUUAUCUCAUCGGCUUCUCCUACAUCAUCGUGAUGCCAGCUGCUGCAUACCUAUACCUACCAGUCUUCUGGGACCUGCAGGUGACCUCUGCGUACGAGUAUCUUGAGAUCCGUUUCCAUCCUUACGUUCGGCGUCUAGGGUCCGGAAUUUUCAUUUUACAGAUGACUUUGUACAUGGCGAUCGUGGUGUUUGCCCCGGCCUUAGCGCUGUCCCAGGUCACGGGUAUCAACCUUUACGUGUCCAUCUGCCUGAUCUGCUUCGUGUGUAUGUUCUACACCACCCUUGGAACCAUGAUCUUCAUCAUGAUCUUCGGUGCCAUGUCAGUCGGAGGCUUCGGGUUCGUGUGGGAGAAGGCCGUGGAGAGCGGCCGGGCCCAGCUCAUGAAUGUGGACCCGAGGCCUACGACCCGACACACGGUCUGGACCCUGGUCAUUGGUGGAUACUUCACCUGGAUCACAAUCUACGGCUGCAACCAAGCGCAGGUACAACGCUACUUAUGUGUUCGCAAAAUGUACAUGGCGAGACGGGCGCUUUGGAUCAACCUGAUUGGUCUCGUCAUCCUGAUGUCCAUUUGUUCGUUUUGCGGGCUCGUUAUUUACGCCAAAUACUACGACUGCGAUCCCAUCUCGGGCGGGAUUGUCACCACCGGUGACCAACUGUUCCCGCUGUUCGUAAUGGAGACCAUGGGGCAAUUCAAGGGCCUCCCUGGCCUCUUCGUGGCGGGCAUCUUCUCCGGGGCACUCAGCACGGUGUCGUCAGGAAUGAACUCGCUGGCGGCGAUAACGUUGGAGGAUUUUGUGAAAGGGUUUUUCUGGAAGGAUAUUAAUGAACUUUGGGCAACGCGACUGUCGAAGAUUCUUUCUCUUGUGUUCGGGGUUGUCACAUUUGCGCUCGUUUUUGUGGCCCAGCAACUUGGCGAUAUUCUCUCCGCUGCGCUCAGCAUCUUCGGCAUUGUUGGAGGUCCGUUAUUGGGCAUGUUCACCCUUGGCAUGUUCUUCCCGUGGGCCAACGGCAUAGGCUGUUUCAUGGGAGCGCUCGUGAGUUUGUCCUUCAUGUUAUUUAUUGGGAUAAUGAACCAAGUGGCCAGAAAUUUCGGCUACAGCACUACAGUCAAAAUGCCAAUUUCCACCGACAAUUGCCCGGCCUUCAACGCGACCGUAUCUUCUGUUGUCAAAGACGUGUCGGAAAUCCCGGCGUUCCUGAAGUCGGACCUCUUCCAGUUGUCGUACAUGUGGUACUCGGCCACAGGCUGCCUCAUCGUCAUCGUCGUGGGGCUCAUCAUCUCUGCGUUCACCGGUACCCAAGACCUGAGGAAACUUAACCCCAAGACCCUGUCUCCUGGCUUCCAUUGGGUCAAGCGCAUCAUUCCUGGCUCUGAUAAAAUCGGGCUCGACUGGGUUGACGAGAGGGCCACGCUACGUGAAGACCCAAGCGUGAUAAACGGGCUCAAUAACUAUGGCUUCGAGAGCGAAAAGUCCGAGAAAUACAACGGAGGAUUGAUCGAGGCCUCCAAACUCUGAAAUGGACCCGGAGCCCCGGAUCCUGUAUCCAGAAAAGCGUUACAAAAGUUUAAUUUCAUGUCUUUGUAUUUAAUUCAAUUUAAUUUAAUAUCAAUUUUCCCUCGGCUCACAUGCACGCAGACUUGCCUAGAAGCAGAAAUCCAGACAUAAUUUAAAUGUUGUACAUACCAUUAAUAUAUUCAAGUACUUUUGAUUCAUUUGUCCUUAUUCUUCUCUGCAACGUAAUUUAUGUGAUUUUUAUUUAUUUAAUUCAAAUCAAAAUUAUUUCUUGUUCCGUAAGAUAAAUAAAGUUAUUAUUUAUCGUCUGGCAAAUCUACCUAAUUGCUGUAGAUGUGUAGUAUCUUGUGUUCCUGUACAUCUUAUUAAUAUUGUUAUUAAUACAUUAUUCUCAAUAA